ACCUCAGCACACAAAUUCUCCUAUUCCCAUUUCGAUUAAUCGAAAUUCUCUGUACGCGUUAAUCGUUUGUUCUUUAUUAGACAAAAGUACUAUCUACAAAAUCAGCAGGGAGUUAACUAGACGGAGUAAAGCAGCCGUAAAUAUAUAUGUAUGCAAGUAACCAUAAAAACAAUUGCCACUAAACUAUAUCAACACAAAUAUAUAUAUAAAUAAUAACACUAUAUCAAAUAGUGUUGCUGUGAGCGAUAUUAAAUGUUUGAGACCAUCAGUGAAAGGCAUCGCGGUAUAUUAAGACGCGAAUUUACCGAGGAUGUAUCAGUUUUAGUACAACUUUACUUAGACAAGUUUGUUGGCAAAAUAUGUAUUCUACUUAUUACAUACUUGUUCUUGGACUGAUGACAUGGGCAUCUGCGUUCCCGAUACAGAUUCUGCUGACCGAUCAGUACGGUCGUCAAUUUUUGAUGCCAUUCUAUGCGACCCAACAACAGCAUCAGCCACAAUUGGAACGGUCUGAUAACAUACAAAAUCCUGAGUACAGCAGCGAAUUUGGACGGCGGACUGAAGGAGGCUUCCAACCAUCCGCUGGACACUAUGGUGAAGACGACCAACAAAAGUACUCAUCCCAGCUCAAAAGUUACGACCAAGAAUCUUUGAAUGAUCAGCCUAGUAAUGAUGAUUAUAAUUAUGAUCAUAAUCAGGGUAAUGAGCAUAAUUAUGAGCAGGAUCAUAAUUAUGAUCAUGACCAUGGGUUCGAUGGUGAAAAUCAUGUCCCCGUGUCUGAGCAUGUCGAAGUUACUAAACCUGUCACUGUACCAGUUUACAAGGAAAUCGGAGUACCAGUACCACAUGAGGUUAAGAUCCAUAUUCCACAUCCGGUGGUAGUAAAUGUACCCCAGCCUUAUCCGGUGGGCGUACCAGUGGGCCAUCCGGUACCGAUCCAAGUUAUCAAGACUAUUGCGGUUCCUGUGGAAAAAAAAGUGCCUUAUCCAGUAGAGAAACACAUUCCGGUACCGAUCGAAAAACCCGUGCCAAUAACCGUCGAAAGACACAUUCCGGUGCCUGUUGAAAAACCAUAUCCGAUUAAAAUUCCCGUUUACAAAACGAUCCACCAUCAUGCCAAGUCUUAUCAUGGAUAAUCUAAUUGUUAUUUAUAUUGUUGUUUUGUUUUUUGUAUUUAUGAAUAAAUAAAUAAAUUUUUGUUGCUGUAA